AUGGAAGGGCUUGCGCUCCACCUCGAGUGCCCCCUAUGCCUCCGGAGCGGUGCGGGCGAGCACGGCGAGGUGCCCCUGAAUUUCCACCAGUGCCGCAAUGGGCACGCAUUCUGCAUUGAGUGCGAGGCUACACACUGCCAGGACCGCCUGUGCCGCUACUGCGAGGUGUCUCUCGGAUCACCCGACGACGCCAUUCGGGCACGCGACCGGGAGAACCUCAUCGCCAUCCUGCCGGUGGCCUGCCCGCACGGCGGCUGCGGCGCCCAGCAUCUUACCAGGGGGAGCCUUGCCCAGCACCUCGCCGUCUGCCCCAAGACGCCGGGCUGCGCGUGUGUCGCAGCGUGCGGCUGGACUGGGCUUAGGGAGGAUAAGGAGCAGCACGAGGAGACGUGUGCCCCUGCAGAAGUCCAAAGGCUGCGUGCCGCCCUGGCGGCGGCGGCCGCUGAGCGCGAUGCGGCAGUGCAGGCGGCGGUGCAGACGGAGAGGGCGGAGGCGGCGGCGGCGCGUGAGGCCGCGGUGGAGGCGGCCAGGGCAGAGUGGGAGGCGCAGACGCGCGCCUCCAUGCCGCAGGAUGCUGAGAUGGGGGGUUUGGAGGAUUGGGAUGAGGCGGCUGCUCAGGCGGAGAUGGUCGCCGCUUGCCAGGCACGAGCCGUGCUUUCCGCAGUCCCGCAAGUGGGAGAUGGCGGGGAGGCAGUGGAGGCAGAGUCGGACGCAGCAACGGUGGACAGGACGGAAGAUUCGGGCUACGAGGGAAGCACGGUGGAGGAGUCGGGGGGGGAUUUGGGGGAGGAGGAAUUGGAGGAGGCGGAGGCGGAGGCGGGGGAGGAGGCGGAGGCGGAGGCGGAGGCGGAGGCGGAGGCGGAGGAGGCACAGGAGGCGGGGGACGCGGCAGCGGCGGAGGAGACGGAGGAGGAGGCGGCGGCCGUGGAGGCGACCGUGCAGGCGGAGGAGGAGGCAGGGGUGGAGCCCGUGCCGACUGCCGGCGUGGCGCGGUCCUCCCCCAGGCUCCUCCUGCUCAAGAAGCGCGAGCGCUCUGAGCAGCUUGCCGCUGCAGCCGACGCGGAAGCAACGCCGCCCGCGGCGCAGAAGCGGCGGCGCCAGUCUGUCGCCGGCCGGGCUGCCGCUCGGCGAAUCGACUUUCGGCCUGGCGCAGAGGCCGCGCCUGUGGCGCGGGCUCCCUCGCAGACGUCCCUGUCAACGACGCCGGCGCGGCGACAGUCGCGCGGCGGCGACGGGGCUGGGAGCGGGGCUGGGGCAGCGCCCACGCCGCGGCUGCUUGCGUCCUCCGCCGCUGAGGCUCAGAUGAUCCGCGCGCGCUUGAGCUCUUACGAGCAGCUGCAUGCGCAGAAAGUGGCCGCCAGGCCGACCAAGGAGGAGUUGGCGGCGCUUGGCAAGCAGGUCUAUCGCCCGGACCACGCGGCGCGCCAUGCCAUGCGGGACGCUGACUUGCUCGUCAAUCAGACGGUUUGCUGGGGUCACGUGCCCGGCGUCGAGGUGGGCACCACCUUUCCCGACCGCACGUCGCUGAUGGUCGUUGGCAUGCACCGUCUGGGCGUGAGUGGCAUCUCGUUUGCAAGGCACGGGGGCGCAAAGGGCGACACCUUUACCGAAUCCAUCGUCGACAGCGGCUUCUACGAGUCGAACGCCGGCGGGGGCGACACCUUCACCUACUCGGGCGAGGGAGGCAACGACUUUCUCGGCAGCCGGUGCCAGGUCGGCGCGCAGGCCAUGGAGCGAGGCAACCUCGGGCUUGCGAACUGUAAGGCGCACGGCGUGCCCGUGCGCGUGAUCCGCAAGGCCGGCUCCCGGUUCCGCUACGACGGCCUCUUUGACGUGGAGCGGUGGUACGAGGCGCCCGUCAACGAGGCGAGGCCUGCGAGCGAUGCCAACCCGGUGGUCUACCGCUUCGUGCUGCGCCGCCGCGCGGGGCAGCCGCCCCUCCCCUCCCACCCCUCCUCCGCGGACCCGGGGCUUGGCGCAGCGGGGGGACGCGGCCGGCGCUCGGCCGCCGGGCCGCCGUCGGACGAGGAGCGCGCCUACUCGCAGUUCAAGGCGGCGGAGCAGAAGCGGGCUCUGAAGGAGGCCAAAAAGCGCCACGAGGGCCACGCGAGGAUUCCGGAGGCGGAGUACCGCCGCCGCUUCGAGGCCCACAAGGCGCGGGCUUUGCUGUGA